GCCCGGGCGGGUGAAGGGAACAGCUGCCGGCUCUUCCUGGGCUUCUUCGGCCUCUCGCUGGCCCUCCACCUGCUGACAUUGUGCUGCUGCACCCUGAGUAGACCCGGUGGCCUGGACCCCGACGGUCCCAUCACCCGCCACUUUAGGCAGCCUUCACUUCAGCAGCAGCCGCUAGAACCUAGAGAAACAACUCUCCCACCAGACUCUCAGGACGGGCACCAGGCCUCAAUCAACUACUAACCUUUCUAUGGACUUGACACUUCUGAAUAUCUAUAUAUACAAAAGGCUAAUAUGCAAAGUGUCCCCUUGGGAGUUCUA